CCGGGUCCCUCCCGCGCUAGUGACCCCGGGCCGGGAGCGGCUCCGCGCGGCCAGGCAGGGCCCGGGGUCCCGCUUUGCACCAGCGCAGCCCGGGGGCUCAGGGGCUGCCGCCGCCGGAGCGCUGGGGCCGGGGAGCGGCUUUGGGGCCCCGGGCCCCGCCCACAAAGCCGGGCGGACAUGCGGAGCCAGGCGCGACCCCUUUACCCCGCGUCCCGGGGGGGGUCACAGCUGCAGCGGCCGGAGCGCAGGGCGAGAGCGGGCUUCACUUUUUCAACUGUUGAGUCUUUCACUGUUGCACCACACGCGUCUAGCUGGUCGGCUGAGUUUCUUGCAGACCGAUGGGGAGCAUUUGCUGGUCUUGUUCCAAACCAGUGUCCCACUUCAGGAUGAACAAGUGGCAGUGCGCUGGACAUUGGCCUCCAGUUUCUGUAGCGUCUGGUAUCUCUUGCUUAAGUGGAAAGUCGGAUGCCGCAGCCGUGUUGGUUCACAGAAACCGGGCUGGGUCUCCCUCGUUCUUAACCGCUGCAUUAGGUUCUCCUAAAAAUUGGCUUUGACAGUGGCGGGCCGCUAAGGCUUUCUGCAUGUUGAUGCCGUCCAGAGGCCUGGUGUUUUGCAGCCUUUUCACAUAGGUUGUCGGUAUUGGCUUAGCUGAUCGGUCUGGUAAACCCAGCUCCUCCACUUUUACGAUAUAAAUCCAUGAUACGCCCACAUUUUGAACACUGCGUGCAGUUCUGGUCAUUCCCUCUGAAGCACCCGGAAUAAUUCCUGUCGGAAGACAGGAUACUGGGAUAGAUGGACCACUGGUCUGACCCAAUAAUGUCCUUCUUACAUAAAGAUAAUUAUAAAAGUAAAAGUUUAGUACCGAAAUUCCCCAAGAUAAUGACCUCUUGAGAUAGCAUUAAUGUGGGAUAAUGAGCUUGGCAAAUAAUGCAUUUUUAAAAUAUUGGCCUACUACGAAACAUAUAUUUAUAUAAGUUUCCCAGUCACAAAUCUAGCAUUCUGUAGCGAAGUCACUAAAACAUAGUGCAAUGCUCUGGCCGCUGUUCGUCAUUCCGCCGUUCGCUCGACUGCUCCAUCCCCAAUGGCCCUUCGCUGUCACCUUCUGCUGCCACUGUGACCUCUCAGCUCCAGGUGGCGUUUGAGGACGUCGCUCUGUAUUUCACCCAGGAGGAGUGGGAGCUCUUAUCCCAGCAAGAGAAGCAGCUGUACCGGGAUCAGAUGCUGAGGAAUAACCAGGCCCUCGUUUCCCUGGGCUAUUCAGGUUCCACACCGGACUUAAUCCACCGGAUUGAGCUAGGGGAGGCAGAGCUCUGGAUUCAGGAUGCCGAGGACUCUAGAGAAAGCUCAGGGUCUGAGAGCCCCUCCUCAGCAGGGCACGGGAUGCCGGGAGGACCGAGAGCACGGGCUGAAUGUGGAGAGAGCAUGGCAGGAAACCCACAUCCCAUAUCCCACAGGGGGAUCCAUGCACAGGACUCAUUCCAUCCCUGGGGUAAACUCAACCAGAGACCGGAUCUGGCUACACAUCAGAGACUCUCCAUCGGCCAGCGUCCUCACCGCCGCAUCAAUUGCGCCAAGAGGUUCAGCAACCCCUCCGCGCUGGACCAGCACGAGCACAGGCAUAGCGGGGAAAGGCCGUACCACUGCACUUCCUGUGGCAGGAGCUUCAGACAGUCCUCAAUCCUCAGACUACACCGGCUCACGCAUACCAGGGAGCAGCCGCACCACUGUGCUGACUGCGGCAAGGUCUUUGCACAGAGCUCAAGCCUCAGUAGACACCAGCUCACGCACAGCGGGGAGCGGCCGCAUCGCUGCGCUGACUGCGGCAAGGGGUUUGCACAGAUUUCACACCUGAGAGUCCAUCAGCUCACGCACACCGGGGAGCGGCCGCACCGCUGUGCUGACUGCGGCAAGGUCUUUGCACACAGCUCAAGCCUCAGCAUACACCAGCGCACGCACACUGGGGAGCGGCCGCACCGCUGCGCUGACUGCGGCAAGGGCUUUGUACAGAUUUCACACCUGAUAGUCCACCAGCGCACACACACCGGGGAGCGGCCGCACCGCUGUGCGGACUGCGGCAAGGGGUUUGCAUGCAGCUCAAGCCUCAGCAGACACCAGCGCACACACACCGGGGAGCGGCCGCACCGCUGCGCUGACUGCGGCAAGGGCUUUGUACAGAGCUCAAGCCUGAGCAGACACCAGCGCACACACACCGGGGAGCGGCCGCACCGCUGUGCUGACUGUGGCAAGGGGUUUGCACGCAGCUCAAGCCUCAGCAGACACCAACGCAUACACACCGGGGAGCGGCCGCACCGCUGUGCUGACUGCGGCAAGUGCUUUAUACAGAGCUCAAUCCUGAAAAGACACCAGCUCACACACACCGGGGAGCGGCCGCACCCCUGUGCUGACUGUGGCAAGGGCUUUGUACAGAUUUCACACCUGAGAGUCCAUCAGCGCACGCACACCGGUGAGCGGCCACAUCGCUGUGCUGACUGUGGCAAGGGCUUUGUACAGAUUUCACACCUGAGAGUCCAUCAGCACACGCACACUGUGGAGGGGCCGCACCGCUGUGCUGGCUGUGGCAAGCGCUUUGCUAGGUUGGCCAACCUCAUCCGGCACCAAAUCACACACAGCAGUGCCCCAGUGCCAGGGCCUAAGGGGCUUCUGGCAGCCAGUGGGCCUGGCACAGCGCCAGUAGGUGUGAACCAGGGAGUGGUCCUGUUCCCAUGAUGGCCUGACAGAGAGACUGUGUGGGGCAGGGAAGGGGACUUGGCUGAGCAAUGUGGGGAAGAGCGAACAGCUGGGGGAAUUUAGAGCAGAUGGUCACAGCCUACUCUAUUUGGGAGCAUCCCCACCGCCACCCCCACCCCCUCUAGGUGGGAUCCAGCCAGGCCUUUCUCUUCUGUCCCACACUCACACAUCUGGCUGGGAUGCAGUCAGGACACCCCCACUCCCCUUUAGAUAGGACCCAGCCAGGAGCUUCCCCACACACCUACCUCAGUUCUAGCUAGCGGUUGACUCUUGGGUGACAUCUAGAGGUGGGAUUUGCAGUCCUGUCUCAGCAUGGAUUGGACUGAGAGCGGGACAGCCCGGUGCAUGUGAUUGAAAGAUGACACAGGAACUACUCAUGCUAUCUUUUUAAAUACAAAUGUGAUGAAGAACUAUGUACUUAAUGUGUUACAAAGGUCUGUCUAACCAGGGUGGAUUUGAUUUAAAUCAAAUUGAUUUAAAUCACUAGUCAAGAAGAUUCGAUUUAUGUAGAAAUCCAUGAUUAAAAGUGCAUUCUUGUUGGUUGUUAUAACCUUAUAAGCU